ACAUGUUCACUUGAGUGCGAGGGGAUCCUGGAUCAGCAGAAACUGAGCGUGUGCCAGGACUUCCUGUCUGAAGAAGAGAACAGCCUUGCUGGAGAUGCUGACCCCCGUCGACAGCAGGAACAGGAAGCAGCAGGGGCCAUGAUGUCCAGUGAAGCUGCGACAUCAUCUGAACGGCAGGUUGUCGAGAAGUAUGGUGGCUUCAUGAAACGCUACGGUGGUUUCAUGUCUCGGCGCUCCUCUGCUCUCCCGGAGACACGAAAUGAYGUGAGAAACCAGGACGAGGAAGAAAACAUCCGCCUCCGGAUCCUGGACAUCAUCAGUUCUGCCGGCGGGAGUGACAGUAAGGCAGAGAAACGUGGCGACGUGGCGUUGGGCAACCUGCUGGACGAAGUGUUGGGCCGGGGGCUCAAGAAAAGAUACGGGGGCUUCAUGAGGCGUGUAGGCAGGCCUGAGUGGCUGGUGAAUGGAAGCAAAACCGGGGGUCCCCUGAAAAGAGCUUGGGAGAAUGGAAAUGUGGUGGAGAAGAGGUACGGAGGGUUUAUGGACUAAGAAACCCCAGGAAGGACCUUCAUUUGUCCCUGCAGGUUCUCCUCGUCAGCUCGUCUCCUUGGCAUGUGGGCUUGUUGGUGUUUGCAUUAACUUCUUGUCUCCUGUGAAAACUAGAAUGUAACGUUUCAAUGGUGUGCUUUUGUCUUCUUCGUUUGUCCUGAAAUGGUAAAAAAAUAUAUAUUUAAAAUAUUUUGUGGUCUUUAAAUGAUUAUUUAUUAAAAGAACCAGUUAAUCAA